AUGAACGAUGCACCUGACAGCAGCUCACGCGAUUGCCUCGUGCCACUGCCGCCUGGACCAACCGCUGUCACCAUCACAGACGACAAUGAAAACCUGUGGUCGUUCCAGUUGCACAUUACACAACUGCGCCGGAUGUACAAACAGGCCAUUGCAGCGCAGAAGAUCACAGCCCCUGCAUCGCCAAACACACCCAAGGCUUCGCAGACUGUGGUAGGCGAACAGGCAGAUGACACAGAGGAGAAAAUUACUUCCUUGGCAACCGACCCAUGUUGCCAUGACAACGACGGACGGGCGGGCGGCGAGAGGCAUACACUCGCGCUUCGUCCGUGCGGCAGCAUUGAUUCGACGUCCAUGCCGGCGUUGCCUAGCAACCGGAUGGCCAAUGGUAUUGAUAAGAAGCGCGAAUCGUUUACUUCCAAUGCGAGUACGAUAGGCCCAACGACAGAUAACCCCUCAACGACACGAGAGGGGCGACCACCACGACCAAGCAGCAUUGACCUCAACAAGCACAGAGCCGACAAGACCGCUGAGUACUCCGAUGAGGUGCCCGCGUCGCCCAAAACUCGCAACAAACGAGGUUGGCACGCAUUCUUCGGACGGUCAAAGAAGCAAGGUCAUAAAAACAGUGUCCCUGGGACAACUUCACAGCAAAUGUCUCAGCUGUCGCUAGCCACAUCAAUUCCGCAACAACGCACAUUAUGCAUCAUACAGGCGUUGCACUCUAUCCUGACGCAUACCGCCUCGAAACCGUACUUUCAACCUGUUACAGAGCCUGAGACCAAGAACACGCCAGAUGGGCAACCAAGCGAACCAGCAACCACACCGCAGAAAGAGGUGCUAGACGACACCCCUAUACGCCGCUUCAAAUCGAUGGAGAGUGUGUUCCGGGUGUCGAAGCAGAACAAGGUUUUCCCCAAUACCGGGAUGAAUACCGGUACGCAAGUGCAAGAAGGCUGUCAGGCAGCACACAGACAACAAGGGAAUAAGGUGUCGGGAUUUGGUGUAAAUGGGAAACAGAGACUCAGUGUUAGCUCAGACGCGAUAGACAACCUGGAGCUGCAGACGCGUACGCAAACACGCGCACUGGCAGACACACUCGCGCUGGCGAAUGCGCACAGCGCUCUGAGUGAAGAUAAAGACGCAUUGCAGUUCAAAGGAAGGGGGAGCGUGACGGCUGGAACAAACACGAAUAUGAAUGCGUUGGGCCGGAGAGCGACCAAGCGACUGCUCAAUAGGAAGAAGAGUGUGAAGGUGAGAUAUGCCGACCAGGAGACGAACAAGGUGGCCCUGACGGCCACUGUGAGUGUGCAGAUGUCUGCGACCGUGCACUUUGCCACCAGCCAAGCAACGGACACAGCCCAUCCCCUGAGCGUUAGCACCCUCCAGCUGAAUGUUGACUCGGCUGCGCCAAAGAGCACACUAUCAACCACCCAGACACACUCGCCCACUCCUACGACGCGCGUACACUCUGAGUUCCCCAGUGGCCGGCGUCUGGUGCGCAAUAGCAUCGCAUCACUGUGUCCGGGCCAACUCGAGAAGCAGAGCGGGUACGCUGACGAGGCAUUCUUCGACAAUCCCGUGUACACUCCCGCCCGGCGCAAAAGAUCAGACGCGCAAACCCACACGCGGGUCUAUUCCCCACCGACUGGUAAUCUACAUCCGGCGUCGCACGCAAAUAGCGCGCGAAAUAUGCACACUCGCCGCGAGACCAACACGCGCGUUCAAGCGCCCAGCAGUGGCCCUAGAUAUCCUUUGAGCAAUUGCUUGCACGCUGUCGCUGAUCCCAAACACCGACGCGGCAACUCGAGUCGCGUGUGUGCACAAGCCAGAAGUCCAGACAAGGCGCCUGUGGAUCACCGGAGAAUAGAAGGGACUGUGUUGGACGAGCCGCAAAUGCAAGGUAUGGACAGACUGAAGAGCAGGGCUAAGAGUAUGUACAGCCGAAUGAACGAAGGCGAGUAUGCAGCUGCGUGGACUGCUUCGAGGUACUCUGUGGGGCCUGCCGGUGGGGUCGGUCGGCGGCGGAGUUCCGAGAGCAGUGUGAGUACUUGUGAGCAGGAGUGUGGGAGUGCUGAGGCUGCGGACACUCUGAGCUGGCGUGUCAACCCGCUCCAAUACGAGCGGAUGGUACUUGUAGACGACAGCGGCCGCCCUACCCACACCCCCACCCCCAACGCCAGCCCCUGGGAGCCAGUACACGCGAGUGCCAAUGCAAAUUCGGCUGACAGAGACCGCGCACAUCACGCGUUAGACACACGCUUCAUCGCACUGCCAAGUACAGAUAGCAGUGCGUCUACCGAGACCGUGUCUUCCCAGGGGAAGGCAUCGCGUAUGAGUUUGUCGAUGUCCCCGCCGUCGGUGCGGCGGGAAAGUGUCCGGUCUGUGCUUGUGGAUCCGAUCUGUCUGUCAGGGGACGAGGCGAGCGAUGCCGAUUCAGCUGAUGCAGCCGAUGCUGAAAGGCGCGAGGGCCAUGGCUAUGAGCAGGCCCAACAAACAUACGAAGAUCAGUGUGGGGAACAACCGGGUGAGCACAGUUUGCAAGAUGCUCGAGCGUUGGAAGGGGCUGGGCUAGACCGCGUGCGUGACAGCGAGACAGGCGAUGCAGACCUGAACGCAACCAACUCAGAGGCACGGGGCAUAUGGACCAAUGCAGGCCAGCCCACACGUGGGACAGGCACUGGAGUGCAUGGGGAUGACCGCGAGAUGCGCCGGAAUACAGUCAACGCCGGAGCUUACGACGAGAGUGGCUCGGAAAGCAGACGUGUGGUCUCAGACUGUGCGCAGGGGAUGGCAGAGACGGAGUGUCGCGAGUCUGUUGCCCCGACGCCCGUCACGCCGCGUGUGAUCCACAGAGAUGUGCUAGACAGCUACGUACCAGAUAACGAGCACGGGAAAGUAUCAGAUAGCCUACACAAGGCCAACACACACAGUACAGACAACCGGCUGGUUUGUGACGUGGGCAGGGGCAUGCAUAACACGCUCGAUGACAUGCCCCAUGCGCCCGUGGGAAAAGCAUUCUCGUUCGGAAGUGAGAGCCUCAUGGCACGCAAGGAUAGCAGAGGCAGUGAUAAUACACUGGACAGCGCAUCUCGCUCACGAGACGUGUCUAUCACCGGCAGCCGUACCAUCAGCCUCAGCAGCGCCAGCGCGUUGAACAACAUCCACAGUCGGACCUCCGGGAACAGUCUGCGUGCGUCCCUGACCAACAACAGUCGGUCGAGCACCAGCAGUAGCAUUGCGGACAAGCUCAAGCACUCGCCCGAUGUGGUAGGUAAGGUCACCCGUGCGCGUUCGUUCUUCGAGUGUCUGCCCACGACUGUCUCGCCCAACCCAAGUGUAUUGCGGCGUGAGAGAGAUGUGCAGUACAAGACGUACUCGCACACACGCGCGGUGAUAGAGAGUGCGUGCGAGGAUGAGUCACUUAUUUUGAAACAUCGUAGGCGGACAGACGAGGACCUGCGGAGUGGAUCAGGGGCGCACAGUAGUGUGCGCACACGUGUACGCAGCUAUGCACAGCCACCCGGCGAAACAAACAUAGCAAGAAAGGGAUCGGCGUUUACAGGCUCGGGUUCAGGGGUUGAAGCAAGCCUAGCCCAGGCAAUCUCAGAGCGUCAGCUUGAGCUGCUAAGUCUGAGUGAGAUGGUUCUCUACUCCGCACAAACAGGGCCGAGCCAACCGCCCCUGACUCAGACAGAGGCCACCGCCAAGAUGCGAGCGCUCAUGCACACCCAGGCCACGGCUAUCGACACCCUGGUUGGAUUGUUAUCCCAGGGGUCCGCGUAGAUCCGUGCGCAUCCAAUGUGUAGUAUAACGACUGCAAACCAGUGAACAUCGUCAAAAUACUGGUCUCCACUGUCCCAGCAAACAACAAUUGUUCCGCAAUUGACCACUGUAGUAUACGUCCUUGUGGACCCCAUCCACACAGUCGGCAAUAUCGAGAUAUCGUCGCCAAUGAGACUGUUGGGCGUGACAGAAGAUAGGACGCAUGCACCUGCGCCAUGUGCUGCGACUAUCUGAGAUAUGGAUUAGGCUGACUUUGC